AUGUACAAGAGCUCGGCGCAGAUGAAUCACUACAUGUCCAGGAAUGGGCUCCCGUCCCCGGAAAACACGAAUACCAGCGACUCGGAAGCAGACAUAGUCGACCUGCUUGACCGUAAAAGGCGGGAGCUGGACGACGAAAUCGCAAAGUUCAAGGCCGUAAAAGAUCGGGAGUUUCGCGAGUUUGAGAGGGAUUUGAGAUCCCGAAGGAGGAAUCAGGGCUAUGACAUUUCGCCUAGCAAGAGGUCUACUACAUCUGCGAAUACGUCCCCGUUGAGUUUGCUGUGCUCGACACAAAAUGGGACGGCCAACGGCUGGACGGCAGGACAUAGGUCGAAAAGAGAGGGCAAUGGUGUGGGCGAGAAAAUCACAAAGGCCACCGCGCCACUGAGCAAGCCCACCUUGUCGCUGGACAAGUUGAACAUCACCGGGGAAAGCGUGCUGCCCACGCACGGCAGCUUGAGUACACCACCGACGCCGUCGUUUCCUCCCAGGGGCUCACUCUCCUCGGACGCUUCCUCGUCAUCGGCGACAAUCACCCCUCCGCGCCACGAGUCGACAGACAAAGGUCCACCGACGCCGGCGGCGGAGAAGACGGACAGUUUCGCCGGUGUGUUCACGCCCGUGUACCUCCCCCUUCUGGAGUCCCAGGACCGGCCUCCGUUCGUGCGCAGCCCCCAGGCCUUGACGUCCGACGAAGAGGGGAAGAAACAAAUCCAGCUCCAUGAAAAGACAAAGUGUGAAGCCGAGCGACAGCGAGCUACGCUCAUCGAAUCGUCCCACAGCCUACCGGAACAGCCGGUCUCGCCGACGGUAAUUGCAGCAAAAAGAACGCGGUCGGCGCCGCUGAUGAGUUCCAGUGCGAGUGCCAGUGUCGGAGUAAGCCGGCCGAGUGCACUGCGGACGACGAGUGGUGGGCACCAAGGGCACAAAUACAAGAAGAAGCACGUGAUGUUCCAGCUGGCGGAUUCCAAGGUGGUGGAGCCGAGCAGCAGUUACGAAGAGAGUCCUGUGAGUGCGGGCAGUCCAAGUGGAAGUAUCAGCUCGACAUCGACCGUGAGUUUCCAGCAGAAAGUCGAGGAUGUGGAUGCCAAGUCUGGUCCCGGUGCCGAUCUCGAUCCCAACCUUGUCGGCGUCAACGGCCACGGUCGCGGUCACAUGCACGGUCACGAGACGAGGGGACCAUCACAGCCGCAGCCUUCGGAGGAACAACUUUCCCCGCGUAGUGCAAGUGGAAGUGCAAAUGCAAAGUCAAAGAAGAGCCCGAGUCUAAGAGAACGACGACGCGGGAAGGCAGGCCAAUUUCUGUCGCCCAUGCCGAGUCCGUUACCGAGCCCAGCGCCCAGUCCGACGAUCGCGGCGGACACCGAUCUUCUCGCUUCGGCUGAGGAAAGUGGAUUCUCUGGUGGGUUGACCGGUGCAGAUGACGGGGGUAGCGGCGUUGGAUUCUUCGAGCUCGACGAAGAACUGGCGAGUCCCGGACUGAGAGAUAGGCCGAUGCAGUCGGAAUUGGAAGAAUUGGAAAUGGGUAUGGGCAUGGACGUUGACUCGCAAUUGGGGGGUGAUGGGGAUGGACAGGCAGAGGGACGGGGGCGAGGGCGAGGAAGAGGGGGACGAGGACGACAACGAGGACGAGGACGAGGAGGAGAAAACGGUGACGACGAGAGCUCGAACAAGACGACGAUGACCGCGGGCAGUUUCACCUCGGGAAGCGUACCGAUUGACAUCGUCAGACCGACUGGGCCUAUGAUUACGUCUAGUUGGAUCGGCAGUUUCGGGCAUUGA